UACGGCUUCCCCGCAGCCAAGAAAAGGUCACUCCACGGGGAUCCCACACGUUUUCCUAUCAUUAUAGCGGGAUGGGAUCUUCCAUACUCCGACUUCCACGUCUAGGCAUGAAUCAUGGAGGAAAGCCGUCGGACAAGUCCUACGCCUCGGAGUCCCAGAGCACAGCGGAGGCUUCAAGCCUGCGAGAGAUGCUGGAAACGGAAGCAGAAGGUGAAACAUGCGACAGGUUGCUGCCUGUAUGCACGGCGUGCAUUGAAGCGAAAGCCAAGUGUUGUCCUCGAAGCGUUCAAUUAGGGGGCACCGCAGAAGAUGCAAGCGGACUUUCCAAUGCUGCACUUCCAGAUUACAUUGAAACGCUUAAAAGAAAGGUGGAAGCUCUGGAUGAUCAGUCUCGGCGCCAACGCCGUCGUCUUACAGCCCACAGAAGCGAUGAGAGAACAUCGCACUCACCUAACAGCCCAACAGGAGCCGCACAGAAUAGUCCACAAACCUCCCAUGACACACCAUUGACGGAGCAAACCAGUCUCACUGAGCGGUCGGUACAGGCAGCCAUGGGAGAAAUUGAAUUCCUGUCUCGCAACGCCAUGGCAGAACCUCGUGGUGAGGCAAGUGGAUUUCCCCAGGAACUGGCGAUAGGAAGCAUGAUUCAGGCUUCCCUUACUAUUUCAGGGAAAGACCCGACACAAUCUUUAAGUUCUUUGUCUCAAAAGUCAAAGUACAGCACCAUUUUGGGACAAGCCCCCACACUCGCCAGAGACGUUGUUGCUAUGGACCGUUUCUUCGGGCAAACAAAAGCUCUCUGUCCAUUCAUCGACGAGGAAGAGAUGCUAGGAUAUCGUGAUUCUUUCUUUGAUAGUAGCCAGGAAUCCCAAGCGACUCCGUAUACCUCAUUCAGAGAUUUCAAUGUGUAUAUGGCAGCAGCUAUUGGGAUCCUACUCUCUCCCGACUCGGGUAUUGAAUUUUUCGCCAGCAGCUUGCACAGCGCGGCAAUGCAGAAGUUUCCCAGCAUAAUCCAAAGUAACGAUGACAUGAGCAUGUUGCAUUCCUUGCUGUUGUUGAUUAUUUACUCCAUGUUCUCAUCGGUGGGGGGUUCCACAUGGCAUCUUCUCGGCUUGGCUAUGAAGAAGGCAAUAUCGUACGAUUUCCAUAAAGAGCCACUCUAUGACAUUGGCAUACCUGAGGAGAAGCUCACUCGGAGGAGAGGUAUAUUCUGGAACCUGUACAUACUUGACAGGACUAUUAGCUGCGCAAUGGACCGCCCAUUCAGUAUUGAAGAUGAAGAUAUUACGCUUCAGGUCCCGUCUUAUGAUGGGGACAUCCGUUCACCAGACACGCUUGACUUCCCGGCAUACGUUGUCAUGCACGCUCGACUGAUGUCUAAGAUGAGAGGCUCUUCACGUCAGCAGUCGAUUUUUCAUUAUGGAAGCCUCUCCUACUGGAGAGAUAUACCAAGGGGAAUACAAAAAUCGAGCGUAGCUCCAGCUUCCUCUAGAGCAAUACGGCAGCUCACCUGUAGGGCAAUGGUCUGCCUAGCACAAAUCAUUGGCCUUGAGCAAGCCGCAACCAGGGUUCUUGGGACAACCCAUACUAUCCGACAAGAUGUAAUAAACACUUGUAAUGAUUAUAUCAAUACCGAGUAUUUGGCUGUGGAGGACGACUGUUUCACGGGCUCGUUCGUUGAUGCGUUUGACAUCUUUUCCGUGGGAGUGGUUCUUAUCUGCCUGGGAAGGACAGCGCUCCCUUCAAAGAUGUCGAAUGCAACCAGUGUUCUCAACAAGUGUACUGCUUUAUUGACGCUUCUUGGUGAAAGAUUUCCAGCGCUCAAAGCUUUUUGCAGGGUACUCUGGUGCUUGCAGGAGUCAGCAGACAUGAACUUCAAGGCCAAUUAUUACUCUUUGCGCGAUACCAAAAUGGCACCCAGCAGAGACGAUGACUUGGUUUCUUCCCGCCAGAUUACUACGGAUAAACCAACAGUGUAUCUCCUUGACACAUUCCCUCCAAAGGCAAUCGAGCACGCCAAAACACUCUUCAACAUUAUCCAGCCCCAAGAUGAAGAGUUCCAGAACUGGAGACAGAAUGCGCGAGCUUUGUUAAUCCGAAGUUCGUAUCUUACUGCCGAAGAUGUUGCCAGUUGUCCGAAUCUCAUUGCGAUCGGCAAGCACGGAGUGGGUAUUGAUAAGAUCGACCAAGCCGCUUGCACUGAAAGAGGCAUCAAGAUUCUUAAUACACCUGGAGCAAACGCACGCGAUGUGGCUGAGCUGGUCAUUGCUCUUUCUCUGUCGGUUGCUCGUGGCAUUCGGUCCAUCACAACACGCCAAAUGUCAAAGCCCGUCCCAAAGGAGACCUGCAAGGGGCUGACGUUGUACCAAAAGACUGUUGGAAUUAUUGGCAUGGGAAAUAUUGGACGGACCGUCGCCGAGAUAUUUCGGGGUGGCUUCGAGACCGACAUCAUCGCAUAUGAUGCCUAUAUGCCGGACGAUAUAUGGACGCACAUCCCCCACACCAGAGCCAACAGCAUCGAUGAAGUCAUCACUCGGGCAGAUAUCCUCUCUAUACAUGUCCCUCUUACAAACGAGACACGGGACAUGAUUUCCUACGACAAGAUUUGCAUGAUGAAGCCGGAUGCCAUCCUGAUCAAUGCGGCUCGGGGAGGGAUUGUCAAUGAACAGGACCUCACACGGGCAUUAUCCGAAGGCCAUCUUUGGGGUGCUGGAUUGGACUGCCACGAACAGGAGCCUCCCAGCUUUGAGAAGUAUGAUUUUAGCCUUCAAAACCCUCCCCCCAACCACCCCCCUACAAUGCCACCUCACAACCUGCACAUUCCCCUCGAUACUAUCCGUAAUGAACAACGUCCUCCCAUCCUCUCCGCCAAACGUACAGUUCGUCAAAUUCUUCCCCCCAUCCUUCGCAGUAAUAAUCCUCGCCUUCGGCACCCCCUCCCUAUCCACCACAAACACACAUCCAAGACUAGGAUGACAGAUAAACAAACUCCCCUCUUCGUCCACCGCCAGCCCAUCAGGACCUGCACACCCAAACGACUGGAAGAACAAACCCACUUUCGACAAUUCUGCCUCGUCAUAGCAACAUACAAGAACCGCUCAUCGGGGGAUAACACCAACCCGUUCGGAGAUAUCCCGUUCGAUACGAGACAGUCGAGCCUUCCGUCGGGAGAGAGCCGGUAUACACAUCCGGACGGGUCCGUCAUUCCCGUUUGGCCCUGGUCUACUGGCCCCUCGAGGAAGAUAUCAGAUGCUGGGCGUGCCGAGCCGCUGCGCCACUCUGUCGGUUGGCCUGUGCACCGGAGGUAUCGGUUGUUAAAGGUUCAAGUCAAGAUGGGUCUUAUCACUGAGACAAGGAAGGCAAUUCAGGAUGCUCCGAAGGGCAUGUUUAAUGCCUAUGUGUUGAUGUGUACGUGUGUUUUUGCUUUCGCUGGUGUUGCGAAGGGGUUCGAUGAAGAGGACUAUGCGGAUACGAAGGGGUGGAUUGUCUCUAUUACCACUGCUGGUGCUGUUUUUGGAUGUCUUGUGCAGUGUCCUCGAAUCAACGACCGACUCGGACGACGGUGGACCUUUCGUCUGUCGACGCUUGUCUAUAUUGCAGGGAUUCUUGGACAGGGACUAUGCAAUGGGAAUCUUUCAGGGCUUUAUGCUUCGAGGUUUAUUGCGGGAUUGGGGUUGGGUGUGCUUACUAUUGUGCCGCCUAUCUAUAUUUCAGAGAUCGCACCAAAGACAAUUAGAGGUCUUCUCACACUGCAACAUGCUGCCUGUCAACAGUUAGGUGUCGUAUUCGGCUUCUUCAUUAACUACGGGGUGACUAAAAGCUACCCUGGCGGUGAUAAACAGUGGAUGCUCCCUACCCUACUACAGCUUCUCCCCGCCACCAUAUGGCUAGUAGGAUCCUUCCUCUGCUGUGAAUCACCGCGGUGGCUACUAUAUAAAGGCAAAAGGCACGAAGCAGCCACUAAUCUUGUCAAACUGCGCCAUCUACCCCUCGACCAUCCCAUUAUAGUCGCCGAGCUUGCAGGAAUGGACGCCCAACUCCUCCUGGAAACUGAAUCAGUCGGCGAAGCCACCAUAUGGGAGCUUCUGAAAGAGACACUCACCCCAAUUGAGAGCCGACGUCGCUUCUUCCUCAUCUUCAUGGCAAACCUCUUCUCCCAAUGGUCCGGAGCCAACGCCAUCACGCAAUACUCACCCACUAUCUUCGGCUACCUCGGCAUAUCCGGUGAAGAGUCAACCUUCCUAGCAACGGGAAUCUACGGCGUGGUCAAAUUCGCCAGUACUCUCGCGUUUGCCCUGUUCAUCGUUGACUUCAUCGGCCGUCGUCGAUCACUGAUAACAGGCAUCUGCCUGCAAAUAGUAACAUUAGUCUACGUUGGAGCGUACCUCGGCGCUACAAAGGACAUGACCUCAACCCAGAUCAGAAAUACACCCAGUGCCUCGCACGCCUCGACGGCAGCUAUAGUGGCUAUUUACAUCCACGCUGUGGCAUGGAGUAUCGGGUGGUUCGGCAUUCCGUAUCUUAUCGGGUCAGAGAUUUUCCCCAUUAGGAUUCGGUCGCUGAAUGUGUCCAUCUCGAUGGCGUUCCAUUGGGCGUUCUAUUUUGGGUGUUCGAGGGCCAUGCCGAGUUUGUUGGCUGCUACGCAUCGGUGGGGUGCGUUUCUGUUCUUUGGCUGUAUUUGUCUGAGUGGGCUGGUGUAUGUGUUUUUUGCUAUGCCGGACACGACUGGACGGUCGCUGGAGGCGCUGGACAGUCUGUUUCAGCGUCCAUGGUAUACGGUGUAUCGGGUUGCUUAUCCGUCUAGUGAAGCUGUCCAGGUGGAGAGGGAGGAUGCGAAGUUGGGGGAUGCUGAGCAUGUUGAGAGGGCGUGA